AUGGCGUCUCGUAUUAACUCCAUGAAUAAGCUCCCCCCUUGCUGCAUACUCAUUGCCACAGCAUUCCUGUUUAUGGUCUUCUCGUCACUUGUCACAGCCUCCCACGAUGAAGCUUCAGUCUUACCACCGUCUGCAGCUUCCCCUGCAGCCCGUACGAGGAAGGUACUGCUUUCUGCAGUGAAGGGUUCUGAUAACAAAGGGUUGAUCCAUGGAAAUGCUGCUGGAGGAGCCAAGGGUGGAGAUCAGGAGGAGCUGAGGUCAGUUCCAUCAGGACCAGACCCUUUGCACCAUAACGGUGGAAGCCCCAAGAAGCCCAGACCUUCUUCCCCUUGA